GCCGCCGUGGUCGCUAUGGUGACCGGGGCGGGCGCAGGACCGCGGGCAGGGCGCGUGCGCGGGGAGCGGGCCCGCGGCCCCUCAGCUGCGCUCGACAUGGCGCUGAGGCGAAGGCCCUCGCUGGUCCUGCUGCUGUUGCUCGUGCGGGGCUGCUUGAUCGGGGCUGUGAAUCUCAAAUCCAGCAACCGAACCCCAGUGGUUCAGGAAUUUGAAAGUGUGGAACUAUCUUGUAUCAUUACGGAUUCACAGACAAAUGACCCCAGGAUUGAAUGGAAGAAGAUCCAAGAUGAACAAACCACCUAUGUGUUUUUCGACAACAAGAUUCAGGGAGACCUGACUGACCGUGCAGAGCUGCUGGGGAAGACGUCUCUGAAGAUCUGGAACGUGACGAGGAAAGACUCGGCCCUUUACCGCUGCGAGGUGGUUGCUCGGAACGACCGCAAGGAGAUCGACGAGAUUGUCAUCGAGUUGACCGUGCAAGUGAAGCCGGUGGCCCCGGUGUGCAGGGUGCCAAGGGCCGUGCCUGUGGGCAAGGCGGCCACCCUGUCCUGCCAGGAGGGUGAGGGCUUCCCGCGGCCGCACUACAGCUGGUACCGCAACGACGUGCCACUGCCCACAGACUCCAGGGCCAACCCCCGCUUUCGAAACUCCUCUUUCGUCUUAAACCCUGAGACGGGCACUCUGGUGUUCAGCGCCGUCCACAAGGAGGACUCAGGCCAGUACUACUGCAUCGCAUCCAACGACGCGGGCUCGGCGCGCUGCGAGGAGCAGGACAUGGAAGUGUAUGACCUCAACAUUGGCGGCAUCAUCGGGGGGGUCCUAGUCGUGCUGACCGUCCUGGCCCUCAUCACAGGGGGCAUCUGCUGUGCCUAUAGACGUGGCUACUUCAUGAGCCACGACCGGAGCGGGGAAAGCUACAAGAACCCAGGGAAGCCAGAUGGAGUUAACUACAUCAGGACAGAUGAGGAGGGUGACUUCAGGCACAAGUCCUCGUUCGUGAUCUAGAUGGUGGCGCGGCUGUGUGCACACACAGACACCUCCACGGGGGACCCUGCCAGGAGCAGCCCCGCAGGGGCACCAGAUGGGGCUAGACACGCGCACAAAAGCUUUUGUUUUGGCCAAAGUUGACCGCUACUCCUUUCUUACUUUUUAACAAGCUACACGAAUAAAAGAGUUUUCCUGGAGAUGGGCAAGUCACCACAAGGCGAGGAAGUGGCCGGGUUCGCGGAGCCAACCCCAUGGGGUCUGCCAGCCUCCAGGUGGGCAGCCUGGGCUCAGGAGGCAUGGUGACCUGUCCCGUGGUGGGGCCACACCAGCAUGAGCGUCCAGGGCUGGCAGCCAGGGUCAUGACCCGAGCCUUGGCUGCAGUGACGGGGCUUCACGGGGGCCCCAGGGCCACUUCAUCCCCAGGCUUUGCCAAGAUAGUCCUGGUGUCCAUCUGAGGGAUUCUUUUUGGGUCAGCAUUUUAUAACAGCAGCCCAAAUCAGGACAGUAAACAGCUUGUUAGAAGGGGGGAUCUUCUUAGCUGUGGGAACCCUGCUCAUCCACAGAGGGUCCCAGCACUGGAGAGCCUUCAUCUUGUGCUGAAUCUGAAAUGGUACUGACAUGAUGUUCUGCUUUUCUAUGGGUGUUUAUUUUAUAAAAUUUUACAGUCUAAA